AUGGCUUGUUUGGCACUGCAAAUCACAGGCCUAAUACUUGGAGGCAUCGGCAUGAUUGGGACUUUUGCAAUCACUGCCAUGCCUCAGUGGAGAGUGUCUGCUUUCAUUGAAGGUAAUAUUGUGGUGUUUGAGAACAUUUGGGAAGGACUAUGGAUGAAUUGCAUCUAUCAAAUCAACAUCAAGUUGCAGUGUAAAUUCUAUGACACCGUACUGGCACUCCCACCUAUUUUAGAAGUAUCCAGAGGACUGAUGUGUUUUGCUGUGAUGCUGUCUGUUAUUGCCUUUCUGACAGCAAUUAUUGGCAUGAAGUGCACUGUGUGUGUUGGGGAUAACAAGCAAGUCAGGAAUAACAUUCUGCUGGCAGCUGGGAUCAUUUUUAUCCUAACUGGGAUUCUAAUUUUGAUACCUGUAUCUUGGACUGCCAGCAACAUCAUUGGAGACUUCUAUAAUCCAGCAGUUCAUGCAGGAUUGAAACGAGACCUGGGAGCUGCCCUCUACUUAGGUUGCGUGAGCUCAGCAUUUCUCAUGAUUGGAGGAGCAAUAUUUUGUAGCUUUUAUAGCUGUGCUGACAAACCCAGAACAUGGAGGUAUUCAUCACAUUCCUGUCAUAGACCGCACAAGUUUGAGGAUGUGGAAAUGAAAUCCACAACCAGACAUGCUUAUGUCUAG